GUCACUCAACACAACAAAAUUAUACAAAACCAUACCCAAAAUCUUUAUCAGAGAAAAAAAAAUGUUUGGACAAUAUUCCAGUGAAGAGUCCCCUCUCCACAACCUCCAUGUCGACACCGACCAAAGCCCACCGACGACGACCCUGCAAAUCAUCACCAUUACUUCGGGAACGCAAGGUUCAGGCGAUUGCCGACAUGAUGAUGAUGAUGAGAUUAACCCAGUAGACGCUUGGCUUCCUAUCACAGAAUCUAGAAAUGGCAACUUCUUCACUUGUGUAUUUCAUUUGCUUUCUUCAGGAAUCGGAUUUCAAGCUCUUUUACUUCCUCUGGCCUUCUCCAUUCUUGGAUGGACUUGCGGAAUCAUAUGUUUAUUGCUUGCAUCUACGUGGCAGUUCUACACGAUAUGGCUUCUAGUACACCUUCACGAGGCACUCCCUGGACCCCGUUGCAGCCGAUUUCUUCAACUUUCCAUUGCUUCCUUCGGUCCAAAGCUAGGGAAAUUGCUAGCAAUAUUUCCAGUAAUGUACCUAUCAGGAGGCACGUGCGUGAUACUAAUAAUCACGGGAGGUAGGACCGUGGAGCUUUUUUACGACACCCUAUGUGGCAGAGGAGCCUCAUGCGACGCCAAGUCUAUGACCGGGACAGAGUGGUUCUUGGUCUUCACUUGCGUCGCUAUAGUUCUGGCUCAACGUCCUAACUUGAAUUCCAUUGCCGGCGUCUCCUUCAUUGCUGCAAUCACAGCCGUGGGAUAUUAUACUCUGAUUUGGGUAUCUACCAUCUCUAAGGAUAGACCUAACAGGGUGUCCCAUGAUCCUUUACAAAAUGGGAAAUCUGAUAUGGCUACAAUCCCUGCUAUCUUCAACGCACUUGGAAUCAUUGCCCUCUCUUUUAGAGGUCACAACCUUGUGCUUGAGAUACAAGGAACAUUACCAUCAAGUUCAAAACAUCCCUCAAGCAAGUCCAUGUGGAGAGGAGUGCUUCUAUCUUACCUUAUUAUAGCAAUGUGCAUAUUUCCCCUGGCAAUAGCAGGAUUCUGGGCUCAUGGAAACAAGAUACCUACAAAAGUAGGAAAUAUAAGCAUAUUUCUACAAUUUUACAGCCAAAACGUCUCAAAAUCUAUAAAAAGUCUAACAUACAUCCUGGCACUGAUAAACUGCUUGAGUUCAUUCCAAAUCUAUGCAAUGCCAGUUUUCGACAAUUUCGAGUUGAGGUACAUUAGCAUCAAGAAAAAACGAUGCUCGCGCUGGGUUCGAACAGGUUUGCGUCUUUUAUUCGGAGGUUUAGCAUUCUUGGUAGCAGUUGCUUUCCCAUUUUUGCCUAGUCUUGCAAGUUUAAUAGGAGGAAUGGCACUACCUCUCACCUUUGCAUACCCAAGUUUCAUGUGGAUAUCAAUCAAGAAACCACGUAGAAAUGGUUUCAUGUGGUGUUUUAAUUUGGGGCUUGGUUGCUUAGGCUUGGCUUUGAGCGUCAUAGUGGUAAUAGCUGCAGUGUGGACUUUAGCUACUAAAGGGUUACAUGCCAACUUCUUCAAGCCUUGAUCAAUAAAUUCUUCACCUACUUUAGUUCAUCUCCACAGGAAUACACAUGAAAUGACAGAGUGGAAUUUUUUUUUCUUUUUUGUACAUUAUAAAUUUUGAAAAGAAAGUUUUUAAAUUUUUA